AGCGUCACUCCCACGGACCGCCGGUGUCAGCAAAGCGUAGAACGGGAGGAGAAGCAUCGGGAGGAACGAGCUCGCUCGCUCUCAGCUCCAGUAGACGAUGGAGGUGAACCAGCGCCCCGCGCGGGCUAUCCAACUCCACCCUUCCCGCGCCGCUGUAGUCGAUCUCUUCAACCUCUAUCUCGGCAGGAGCACCCGGCAGAGAUUGGACGACGCCUCUCGCGAGACUCCGACCAAACUUCAGAAAAGGAUUAUUGCUCCUCAUGGGGAGCUUCCACGUCGCGACGAACAAUUUAUAUUGGAUUUUGAGCAAUUACAAGGACAAUUUUCAGAUCUGGAGCAACUGCGGACAACCACUGAAGCAGUUCUUAUAUCUUUCAUUGUGCAGUGCAGCAGUCAUGCACCACAAUCAGAAUUUCUCCUUUUUGCAAUAAGAAGCUUGUGCAGCAGAGGUUAUUUGAAGUGGGAUACGUUCCUUCUUUCACUCCUCUCAGCAGUUUCCUCUGCUGAGGCAACAUUUGGGCAGGUGGCUCCCACAACUCCUGUUGGGCUAUCAUCACCUUUGAUUAUUUCAUCAUCAUCUAUGCCAAAUGCAUCAAACCUACAUGUUUCAUCAUCAUCUAAUAUUACCAUGUCAAAUGCUUCAAACAUACACGCUUCUAAUCCAGCAUCCCCAUUGCCAACUAUGCAUGGUGUCAGUUCACCAGCUCAAUCUACUACUGAUCAAUCUGCUGGCACAACUCUAUCACCAAUUAAGCCAUCGGAACUUUCUGUCUCUGGGCAUCAUGGUAUGACUAGGUCCAGUCAUAUAGUAAAGGGCAAUGCUAUUGGUUCGCUCCGUCAGUUCUCAUGCAGAAUUAUUCUAGCCGGCCUAGAUUUUAGUCUAAAACCAAUAACCCAUGCAGAAGUAUUUACUCAUAUGCUUAAUUGGUUGGUUAAUUGGGAUCAAAGGUCUGUAGUUUCAGAGGAAAGUGAUAACAAGAAGACCUGGAAGCCUGAAAGACCUUUGCACGAGUGGAGGCACACAUGUCUGGAUGUUGUAUGGGUGUUGGUUGAUGAAGAUAAGUGCCGUAUUCCCUUCUAUGAGCUUAUCCGUAGCAGCUUGCAGUUUAUGGACAAUAUUCCCGAUGAUGAGGCAAUGUUUAGCAUCAUUCUGGAAAUACAUAGAAGAAGGGAUAUGGUUGCAAUGCAUAUGCAGAUGUUGGACCAGCACCUUCAUUGCCCUACAUUUGCUACUCAUAGGUUCUUGACACAAUCCUAUCCAAGUUUAACAGGUGAAUCAUUGGCGAAUGUCCGUUAUUCUCCCAUCACUUACCCUGGUGUUUUAGGAGAACCAUUGCAUGGAGAGGAUCUUGCCGCCUCUAUUCCAAAAGGAAGUUUGGAUUGGGAAAGAGCCUUGCGUUGUCUUAGACAUGCGCUUCGUACAACUCCUUCGCCUGAUUGGUGGAGACGUGUACUCCUUGUUGCCCCUUGUUAUAAACCUCCACAGACAUCAACACCUGGUGCUGUUUUCUCCCCUGAAAUGAUUUGUGAGGCAGUUGUUGACAGAACAAUAGAAUUAUUAAAGAUCACAAACUCAGAAACACAAUGCUGGCAGGAAUGGCUUAUAUUUGCAGACAUUUUCUUCUUUCUAAUGAAGAAUGGAUGCAUUGAUUUUCUUGAUUUCAUUAACAAACUCACCUCUCGAAUCACAAGAGGUGACCAACAGAUUCUGCGUAGUAAUCAUGUGACUUGGCUGCUUGCACAGAUUAUUCGCAUUGAGCUUGUGAUGAAUACAUUGAGUUCAGACCCAAAGAAGCUGGUGGAGACUACAAAAAAGAUCAUUUCAUUUCAUAAAGAAGAUAAAAAUAUUGAUCCAAGUAAUGUCAGUCCUCAAGCAAUUCUAUUGGAUUUCAUUAGUAGCAGUCAAACUGUACGUAUUUGGUCUUUCAACACUUCAAUUAGGGAGUACAUCAACAAUGAUCAGCUUCAGAAAGGAAAGCAGAUAGAUGAAUGGUGGAGACAAGUAACCAAAGGAGAACGAACAUUGGAUUUUAUGAGUUUAGAUGAUCGAUCUAUGGGAAUGUUUUGGGUUCUCUCUUUUACAAUGGAUCAGCAAACGUGUGAAGCAGUUAUGAAUUGGCUUUCAUCAGCUGGAGUAACAGAAAUCCUACAAGGACCUAAUAUGCAACCUAAUGAUAGGAUGAUGAUGAUGCGAGAAACUUACCCUCUAUCUAUGACAUUACUUUCCGGGUUGUCAAUCAAUUUAUGCUCAAAGCUUGCAUUUCAACUUGAAGAAGCCAUAUUUCUCGGUCAGGCCAUCCCUAGCAUUGCCAUGGUCGAAACCUAUGUCAGAUUGCUGCUUAUUGCUCCUCACUCCUUAUUUCGCCCUCAUUUCACGGUAUAAUUUGUAACUGUUGGCCCCCUUACAUUGUCGUGAUAGAACUG